AUGGAAGCGCCGGAGAGCUUUCAGGGGGGACAUCGCCGGAGGGGGAACCACCAGUGCGCCGCCCUGGAGAAGCAGGGGAGGUCCCCUGGCGACGCCUUCCUUGUUGAGGACCUCCUUGACUUCUCAAACGAGGAAGGCGGCCUCUGCGAGGGAGACGAGGUGGGACUCGAGGCGGCGCCGGUGGAGUCGACCCCCGCGGCCGUCGACAGCAGCUCCUCCUCCGCAUCAGAGCCGCAGUUUCCCGGCGAGCACGGCAUCUCCGAGGUCGGUCUCUCGGACGGCCUUUCUGUACCGGUGAGGAGGAAUGUUUCCCUUUGAGCAUUUGAUUUCCUUCGAAUUUCGUGGAAAGUUUCGUCGCAUCGGUGAAUUUUAUUUGCUCCUCCGACCUCAGAUUUUCUCGUAUUUUGCGAAUUUAAUCGUUGAAAUAUGCGAGAGAUCUCGACGUCGGGAUUACUUUUUUUUAAUCCUCGGAUAAAUCGCGCGGUAAAUGCCGCAAUCUCGUUGAACAGAAGGUAGUGUGCAGCAAUCAUGGAUAAUCGAAUCGACAAAAGGAAUUUUCUCGUUUUCCGGAAAAGGUUGCGCAUGAGUUUUGAAUUUUUCGGCUCGUCCGCUGUCGCUUUCCUUCCGCUCUUCUCUCCUGGAGGGAACGAAGAUACUCGCGCGCUCCACGAGUUUUUGAAUUCUCAUGCGUUUCUGCAGGUUUCCACUGAGCCAUUAUCUCCUCCCCUCAGGCCUUUCGUUACGAAAGUCGUCCUCCGGUUUUUCCUUCUCCUCUGGGAAAAGGCGAGCGGCCAUUGCUUGAUUGACAGGUUGGAUAACGCCAUCUCCCGAUUUAUUCCCCCACUUUAAUCGUCUUCCUCGUGUUCUUGCGAUUUCCCGCACUGAUGGCGAGGACUGUAUCCUGAUCUUCCUAGCCCCACUUUUCGAAAAUUAAAUGUUAAGGCUCCAGAUCGCAGAGCGGAGAUGAAACGUGUGCGAUUCGAAUUCAUUGUGCCGGUCUUCUGGUCCCGAACCAUUCGCCAUGAAAAAGAUUAACCGGACGGUAACACCUGCGGAAUCGAACCAGGUUUUUCGGAGAGUCGUCCGGCCGAUCGGAGCCGGCCGCCCUCAGAUAAGAUUAAAAUCCGUUCUGAUCUUCAUCUCUCUGAUCCAAGCUUGUUCUUGCGAUGGAAACAGUACGACGAGCUGGCGGAGCUCGAAUGGCUGUCGAACUUCGUGGAGGAGUCCUUCUCCGGCGACGAUCUGCACAGGCUGCUGCUGAUCUCCGGCGCUGCCGCCAAGUCCUCUUCUCCGCUGUCCUCCGGCGGCCGGAGCGAGCUCUCCACAGAACCAGCAGCGGUAACGCUACCCCCGGAGGCUCACGUCCCUGGUAAGGCCCGCAGCAAGCGCUCCCGCCAAAGCUCCUCCUCCACCUGGUCGUCCCGCCUUCUGGUCCUCUCGCCGGUCACCUCCUCCGACGACGACGGUGAGAAGAAGGAGGAGGCAGCUAUUGGGCUGGAUGGGCCUAAUGGGCAGGACGGGAGGAGGUGCCUCCACUGUGCCACCGACAAGACCCCCCAGUGGCGGGCCGGGCCCAUGGGGCCCAAGACCCUCUGCAACGCCUGCGGGGUCCGGUUCAAGUCCGGUCGGCUGGUGCCGGAGUACCGGCCCGCCGCCAGCCCCACCUUCGUUCCCACCCGCCACUCCAACUCCCACAGGAAGGUUCUGGAGCUCCGCCGCCAGAAGGAGAUUGACCCGCCGGCAACCGCCGCCCGCCACCUCCACCCCUGCGGGACCUACCAGCAUCCCCCCGCCGCCGCCGCCGACGACUUCCUCAUCCACGCCCGCGUGGGCCCCGACUUCCGGCAGCUCAUCUGA